GACUUAAUAUUGCUUUUGCGCUGAAUCUGAUCACUUGUUUGCUAAUAUCGGCUAGAGAUUCUUAGAUAUAAACUCCUUUUCUUCAACUUGUGGAAUUUAUUCCAAGAGUUUUCUUUUACGUAAGCUGUGGAGUAAGCGUUUGAUAGAAAAUACGAUAAAAGAAGUGAAAUAGAAGAAGCGAUGACAUGUUUAACUCUCUAGUCUUUUAACUUGAAGACUAACGAGUACUCACGUCCUCAAAAGUUUUCAAUUUUCUCUUCUACUCGCGACAAAGUGGUAAACAUUGUUGAUUUUUGUCUUGGUAAUCAAUAGGGUUGUACAAACUUGUGGUGUCUGGAUUUGGGCCGAUGAAAUGGGUCGCUUGGGUCUGCCCACUAAUUGAAAUGUGUUUAAAUGACUAGAAAAUAGAGUAUAUAUUACAUGUGUUUUACUCCAUAGGAAGACAGCAUAGGAGAUGAGAGUACGUCAGAGAGCAAUAAAGGAGAGGGACAGUGGAAACAACAUGAAGAGAGAGAGCACUGAAACUUGAGAAUGGUUUGAGAGAGAGAAAGAGAGAGUGAUAGGAGGACUUUGGGUAAAAUGGUCAAGAAAACAGUUAGCAAAUUUGUGAGAGAGAAGGACAAAAUCCUAAGAUUCCGAGUUACCAAAAGUGAUGAGGCUCCUAGAAAUACCCGCACUAGUCCCAUCUCAUUGCACUUUCACUCUCAAUCUCAUUCCAAACCUAAACUCCAAAGACUGUAUUUUGUUUGUGAGAGAUUCAAUAAAUCCCAUUUAAAGAGACAACUACACAUGAGACAAAGAGGUAUUUUUUCUCUAUUUCAUUUGUUUUUUUCUUUCUAACUUGCAAACCAAUCCAAACCACAUCAUUUAUUACCUAUCCUCUCUUCUAUAGACUGUCUAUCUGCUCUUGUGCUUGGCAACGUACGUGGCUUUCGUUUUUUUUUUACAUGUUCAUCAUAACAAUCUACAUACUCUACACCAUCAGAUAUAUAUACAUUUUAUUAUUCUAUUGUCCAUCCUAGUUUCAUCUUGCAAUAACCCAUCUUUUCUUGCACCAUUAAAUGGGUUUGUAAAAAGCAGAAUAUGGCAGAAUUAUGUUUAGCGUUUAUGGGUUCAUAAUGUGUUUUAGUUCAAUUGUUUUGGAGAAUUAAAUCUCUAUCCUAGUUAUGAACUUUCAAAAUGUUAUGUAUCACGUUGAUACACGUGCCUGACCUAAGAACAUAUGCUUCUUUGUAUAUGUAUAUAUAGGGCCUGUAUAUAUAACAUAGCUACAAAAAAAUCUUGAGGCUUAUAUAAAACGGAACCGGAUCUUAAACAAAGAAAAGCUAGUGAAUUGUCAUUGGUCACUAUAAUUCGCCGACAAAAGAAAAUUGUCCCAACUCCGUCAUCAGGAAUACAUCCCAUAUUAUAUAUAGACAUAAUUUAUUUUCUUUUAAAAAGAAAAUGUAGUUUACUAAGGAGUUAGGAAUGUGAUUAAUAGUGAGAAUGAGAAUCAUUUACUACUCACAGCUCAUCGAGACGAUGAAGAUUCCAAUUAUUAGAAGUGGGAUAGAGACGCACAUAAGGGGAGUUGGGUGGUGCAUUUAGCCUAUAUAUAACCAAAGUAUUUUCACAUGAAAGAAAAGAUAUAUGUAUUGCAUUAAUGAUUAGCAAAACCUAUCUCUCUAUCUAUAUAUACACACACCCUAUCAUUCAUCGUACACAUAAUCUCUUUCUUUCUCUCUCUAUGACAAAAAUGGCCAACAUGACAACACUCAACCAGCUGUUUGAUCUGCCGGGGCAGAUUUGCCAUGUCCAGUGUGGUUUUUGCACCACUAUUUUGCUGGUGAGUGUGCCGUUCACUAGCCUGUCAAUGGUGGUGACAGUGAGAUGUGGGAACUGCACAAGCCUUCUCUCUGUCAAUUUGAUGAAGGCUUCUUUCAUUCCUCUCCAUCUCCUCACUUCUCUCUCUCAUCUUGACGAGACGGAAAAAGACGAGGUUGCAGCCACAACAGAUGGUGUGGAAGAAGAAGCAUGGAAGGUGACUCAGGAGAAGGAUAACAGCCCAACGACGUUGGUUACUUCUUCAGACAAUGAAGAUGAAGAUGAAGAUAAAGAUGUGUCUCGUGUUUACCAAGUUGUCAACAAACCACCUGAGAAACGACAACGAGCUCCUUCCGCUUACAAUUGCUUCAUCAAGGAAGAGAUCAGGAGGUUAAAGGCUCAGAAUCCAAGCAUGGCUCACAAGGAAGCUUUCAGCUUAGCUGCCAAAAAUUGGGCUCAUUUCCCUCCAGUUCAAAACAAGAGAACUGCCUCAGAUCAAUGUUUUUGUGAGGAAGACAACAAUGUGCUACUAUCAUGCAAUGCUCUGGAGGACCAUGAGGUAAGCAAUAAUGGCUUCCGAGAGAGAAAGGCUCAAAGGCAUUCCAUUUGGGGAAAAUCUCCAUUUGAGUAAUAACAAUUUGGCAUUGUGAAAUGUGAUGGUGACUAUUUUCUUCUAGGGUUUGAUUUUGUUGCUUUAGGGUUUGUGGUAUCUGAGAGAGAAGAGAUGGUAAGAAUCUGAAACGUACGUAGGAUUUGGGUGUUCGAGGAGAGUCUUGGGAAUGAGCGAGUUUAUUCAGUAUUUUCGUACUUCUUAGCUUUGAACUUAAUUUGAAGAGACAGUGACUCUAUAACUGAAUCUUAUUGUUGAAUUCGUAACUACUUAUGUUUUAACAUUCACUUUAGUAAGAAUCUUAAAUAUAAAUUAAUGUUUCCAGAA